GGCUUCUACCUAAUAUCAUCCCCCCCGAAAAACACAGCCUCUCUCUCUCUUCAUCUCCCUCAUCAUACCCAUCCCCAUUCAUCUCGAUCCCUUUCUCUUCUCUCUGGCAUACGAUUUAACCUCUCUCAGAUUCUCUCCUUCGCCCCCUUUGACUUUCAUUUGACACCCGUAGUCUCUCGCUUUCCCCCCCCCCCCCCCCCCCCCCCCUCUUCCUUCGAUUUAGGGUUUCCGCUUAAUUCAAAUAAAGUUUCGGUUUUUCGUUUUUAUUUCCUUUUUUCGAAUUUCAUCCUGAUCCGAUCUCCCUUUUGAGUUAGCAAUAUGUGUUUCUGCUCCCCUUCGGCUUGAGAUCGCUUAGGAUUGUGUGUGGUAUGAUGGUGGGUACUCAAUCGGUGAAUUCCCCUAAGAGCUAUGGGAUCACGAAGCCUCUCUCGCUUGCUGGCCCUUCCGCGGCUGAUUUUAAGCGUAACCUCGAGCUUGAGAAGUUUUUGGUUGACGAGGGACUAUAUGAGAGCGAGGAGGAUACUAUGCGGAGAGAGGAGGUUCUCGGGCGCAUUGAUCAGAUUGUGAAGCACUGGGUGAAGCAGUUAACUCAGCAAAGAGGCUAUACGGACCAAAUGGUGGAGGAUGCAAAUGCUGUCAUUUUUACCUUUGGUUCUUACCGACUUGGAGUGCAUGGGCCUGAGGCUGACAUUGACACUCUGUGUGUUGGGCCAUCUUAUGUUAACCGGGAGGAGGAUUUCUUUAUGAUCUUGCAUGAUAUGUUGGCUGAAAUGGAAGAAGUGACUGAACUUCAACCUGUUCCGGACGCUCAUGUUCCGGUCAUGAAAUUUAAGUUUCAAGGAAUAUCGAUUGAUCUGCUCUACGCUAGCAUAUCUCGUUUAAUUGUGCCACAGGAUCUCGAUAUAUCCAACUCUUCUGUGCUGUGUGAUGUUGAUGAGCCAACCGUUAGGAGUCUUAAUGGUUGUAGAGUUGCUGAUCAGAUUCUUAAACUCGUUCCAAAUUUUGAGCACUUUCGGACAACACUAAGAUGCCUGAAGUACUGGGCUAAGAGGCGUGGAGUCUACUCAAAUGUGACUGGAUUUCUGGGCGGUGUAAACUGGGCACUUUUGGUAGCUCGUGUGUGCCAGCUCUAUCCGAAUGCAAUUCCUAGUAUGCUUGUUUCUCGGUUUUUCAGAGUAUAUACUCAGUGGCGGUGGCCAAACCCGGUUAUGCUUUGUGCUAUCGAAGAGGAUGAGCUUGGAUUUCCUGUUUGGGACCCUCGCAAGAACCAUCGUGAUCGCUAUCACCUUAUGCCAAUAAUCACUCCAGCUUACCCAUGCAUGAAUUCUAGUUACAAUGUCUCUCAAAGCACUCUUCGCGUUAUGACAGAGCAGUUCCAGUUUGGUAACAAUAUCUUGCAAGAGAUUGAAUUAAAUAAGCAACACUGGAGCUCUUUGUUUGAACAGUAUAUGUUCUUCGAGGCAUAUAAAAACUACCUGCAAGUUGAUAUAGUAGCAGCAGAUGCUGAGGAUUUAUUGGCUUGGAAGGGUUGGGUGGAGUCACGGUUCAGACAGCUUACCUUAAAGAUAGAAAGAGAUACAAACGGAAUGUUAAUGUGCCAUCCCCAACCAAAUGAGUAUGUCGACGCGUCUAGGGAGUUUCUUCAUUGUGCCUUUUUCAUGGGCUUGCAAAGGGCAGAGGGAGUUGGUGGUCAAGAGUGUCAGCAGUUUGAUAUCCGUGGUACGGUCGAGGAGUUCAGACAAGAAGUAAACAUGUAUAUGUUCUGGAAGCCUGGGAUGGAUGUGUAUGUUUCUCAUGUGCGUAGACGACAGCUUCCAUCUUUUGUUUUCCCAGUUGGUUACAGAAGGCCACGGCCUUCUAGGCACCAGAAUCAACCGGGUGGAAGAACUGGUGAAGAUGGUACAGUUUCCAAUUCUGUGGUGGAGAGGCAUGUGAAGAGAAAGAACGACAAUGAAAUGAUGGAUGCUCGGCCAGAGAAACCUGAGAAGCGCGCAUCUCUUAGUCCACACAGUUUAGACAUUGUUUCUCCUGACAAUAGUGCUAUCACUACUGGUUGUACCCCUCCUUUAUGUAACCUUAGGAGGUCACCUAGUGAGGGAAUUGAGGCUGCAAAUUUGAACACUGAUAGUCCUGAACUCGCAAACCUUGCUCGAGAUGAGUGUAACUCUGGCAGCGAGCAAGCUCUGGAAGUAGAUAGUAUGGCUCUUGUUCAGAAAUGCUCUGAUCCAGCUGAGGCUUUUGGAAAGUGUGUGACACCUGAUUCUAGUGAUGUGGUAGCAACUGAAAGUUGUCAGGAAGAGAACUUAGAUCGUGAUUUGAGGUCUGUAUCGAUCAGUGUUGUCGAUGAAGUCGAGAGGGAAUCAAAGUCACGUGGUGGUACGCGGAUAACUGGGGAGAUUGCGGAGAGUGUUCAGCUGAGUAGAUCUUGCGGGCAGAACCGUGAUUACGAGGGAUUCGAGUUUGCUGCUACAAAGCCAGAUCCUUUUGUGGGAAAGGGAAACUUGUACUCUCAAAGUGGCAUACCAGAAGACCUUCAGUCAAACUCUUUGGUCAGCGGGAUGGAGAAGGCAGAAGACGGAGCUAGCAGCAACAGGUUGAGCUUAAAGUCCACUGUGUGAACGUCCUUUAGGCUAUUGACGUGAUUACCAAGACUCAAAGAUCAACUUGCGGUGGACAGACGACAGAGUGCAAAAACCUUUGGUAAGUUAAAUUUUUAUGAGAAAAAAAAAGUAAAAAAAGGACAUUUAAAAAAAUCCAAAAAAAAGGAAAAAAUGGAAGGAAAAAAAAAUUAGAUAAGCAAGGAACGUUUGGAUGGAUUUGUUUUGUUGAGUGGAAGAUCAAAACUCAAUAUGCUUCACAAGGUGGUGGGGCAGUGAUCAUCACUCAUAUUAAGACUUCUGGAGAGAGGUGUUGAUUUAUUAUGUUGAAUGCCUUGUCUUUUUUUUUCGGUUGUUUCAGACACCUGUUUUGGUACUUUAAGAUGGCUGACCCUCUUUGAGGUUUGACUUGGAUCGUUGUGUUUUCUAUUCCCCGUUUUAUGUAUAUAAGAAUGUGUUCCCCUA